GGAACUCGAUUCUCCUUCACAGUUUUAGCGGAAUUUGCUAGAGUAGCUCACAUUCAGUUCAACAAAGAUUAUUAUAAAUGCUUAUGCUAUCUUUUAUGCAUCAUACACUACAGUCUUCCUAUCAAAACCUUUGAAUUUUCUUUCCGCUUUUGCUUGAUUUUGUUUUUCGCCACUCACACGACCGAUUACCAUUGUGGCCAGAAUCGAGCAGGCCUAAUAGAAUUCCCGUAACUACAUCAACUACACGAUUUCCCUUAUCACACAAUUAUAAAUAAUUCAUAUACGGCAUGAUACUGAAGCUAGGUCAUAUGAAACGCACGUAGAUUAGAAUGACGUCAAAAAAUGAUGAUUAUCCCAAAGUUACGUACAAUGAAGGAGUUUCUGCAAAACCAACCGGUACCUCGGAACACCAGCUUCUUAUGCAGGCAAUCAGUACAAAUGCCGGACAAUUGGUACAACAGCUUAUUCAAAAGAAUCCGCAGGUUGUCCAUGAAAGAGGUUGGCAUGGACAGACAGCAUUACAUAAAGCAUGUCUGAUCGGAGACUACUCAAUGUGUUUUAUUCUACUAGAAAGUGGAGCAGAUCCUAAUUCUCUCAAUGAUUUUGAUGAAACACCUCUACAUUAUGCCUGUAAAAGAGGUGUUCCAACUGUUAUACAUUUGUUAGUGCAAAAGGGAGGUAACUUGGAUUGUGUGGAUAAAAAUGGGAUGAACAUGUGCCAUCAUGCUGCUCAAACAGGAAGUGUCUUUGCUUUGAUCUACUUGUAUACAUUAAGACCAAGCUAUCCACAAGUCAACAAGCAAUUCCAGCUCCCGCUCCAUAUAGCUUGUCAUUUUGGACAUGUAGAUGCUUUUAAAUACCUAUUGAAAAAAGAAAAAAGUGAUCUGAAACAAGCCGAUGCUGAUGGAAACAAUGUUUUACACAUAGCUGCUAGAGAGGGGCACCAGGGCUUAUGUUGGGAUAUCUUGAAAAAUUCAUCUGGUCAAGUCUUACAUGCUACAAACAAUGAAGGCUAUACACCAGCAGAUCUGGCAUCUCAGAGGGACAAGUAUGGACACAAAGUUAUAGCCCCCCUCCUACGAGAUCUGCAGAAACAUAAACCUUUGAAUUUCAUGGUGACUGAUCCAAGAUGGUUAUGGUACUGGACAUUAUUGAAACCUUUCUUGGUUUAUCUGAUCAUCCUUAUAGUGAUAACUAUUUUUGAUGGAGCCUAUGGUGAAGGCUACCAGGGUUUCAUAAUGAUAUUGGGACUGUCUUAUCUUCUAUGGGCUGUGGCUAAAAAUAUCCACAGACUUAAUCAUAUAAGCAGAAUGCAGAAUCCAAUAUUUGCAGGAGCCUUUGGUGCUGGUUUAGUACACACAUCUGCACAUUACUGGUUAUAUCUUAGUCCUCUUACUGGAACCUACACCAUCUUAUCUAUCAUAUCUAUAGUACUGAUGAUAAUUACAUAUUAUAUGUAUUAUCUAUUAUUAACAAAAAAUGCAGGUGUAGUAACACAGUCAAAGUUUGAUUCAGUCGGUAACAGGAGGAUGACAAUUGUAGAUUUGUGUAUACCACAGCAAAAACUGGAUGACUAUUGUACAUUCUGUGAGAUUGUAAAGCCAAGAAGAACAAAGCACUGUAGAUUAUGUGAGCAAUGUUUUGAAGAGAUGGAUCAUCAUUGUUUGUUCCUUUUGAAAUGUGUGGCUAAGAAUAACCACGUCUUGUUCAUCUGGUUCCUGAUUAUGUGCGUCAUAUCGAUGAUUGUUUACGAAAUCCAUAUUUCAAUAUACAUUUCCAUGGUAACAAUAGACAUUACAUGGGGUAGAAUACUUUAUAUUCUAUUUUAUGAUGACGCUUGGACAUUCAGUUUAGCAUUAGCUAAUGCAGUUUCAAUUUUAUGGGGCGUGAAUUUGGUCCGAUUCCAGUUAUCUGUUGUUUCAAAAGGACAGCUUACUGCCAUUCAGGUCCAUACUAAAAAGCAAAGUGCACUUACAACUGAGGAAAAGUUUUGGAACAUCAUAAAUUUUAUGAGAUUUAGACCACCGUAUGCAAAAGAUCCAUAUUUAGCUGCUCAAAACUUAAUUCAAGUAUAGUAUCUUCAUAUAAUAUCUGUUAAUUGAUUGUUUUUUUUAAGUUUUCCAAAUUGUAACAGUCUUUUUGUUGACUAACAUAUUGGUUAGACCAUAGACCAUUUUUGGCUGUUAUUUGAACAUACAUUUUUAUUUGUGACCGAGUUAUUAAAGUUAGAACAUAAGCAGAAGUGAUAUACAAUUUUAAGACAGCAAUCAAACAGCAAAAACCAAAUAACCAAAAUUACAUCUAGACGUUAAUAUAAAGUCUUGACCAAAAGAUAGCAGUCAGUACAAAAAUAUCAGAUUAAAAUUGUCCAGUCUUAAAAAUUGUAAACAGAUAAAAGAAUAUCUGCCAUCAACACCAAAAUCUACAAAUAACCAAAAAGCAUUAGUAUAUGACAUAAGACAACCACUGCAAUGUUCCUAAGUAUAGUAUGAAUAUGAUUGACAACUACUCGGAGAUCACCUGUUACCAAUUCUGUGUAUUCAUUUAUUAUCAUGAUUCUAUUUUUUGUGGAUUGAGGGAAUAUGUAUUAUCAUGGAAUUUUAUUUCAUGUUUCUGCCAAAAGCUUCAUAUACGCUUAUGGAAAAUUUGAACAUUUGAAUUUGUGGUUUACCUUUACCCAUGAAAUCCACAAAAUUGGUAUCCUACAAAUAAUAAUGAAUCUGCAAUAUAAAAAUGAGUAAGAGUCUUGAUUCAGUCUAGUUUGUAAAAUAUAAUGGUACAGUACACACAAGUUGAUUAAAAAAAUAAAUUGUUUUAGUACUAAUAAUAAACUGCUAAUUAUUAAAUGCUCAUGAUUGGAUGGGAUUCAAUCAGAAAAACCUGUAUGUAUAAUCAAUAACGGUAGAUAUUAUAUGACAAGGUCAUAAAUCUUAAGUGUUAUCACUCUAAAUCUCCACCUUAUUUCACUGUGUUUCAACAAUCACCAUGAAAGGUGAUUUUUAAAAGUGUGUAUAUUGCUCUCAUUCAAAUAGAAUGUCUUGAUUAUUUUACCUUAGACAGUCUGAUUAUAAAGACCGCCAUGUUAAGAAUAUAUUUCAGUAUCCCAACCAUACUGGUGUUCUUUCUCACCAUGAGAUUCCUAAAAUGUUGUUUUAUUUGAGUUUAUGCUAAAUUCUGUGCUUUUAUAUGUACACAUUUUUCAUUUUGCCACAAUCAAAUUAUUGUAUAUAUAGAUUCCACCGAUACAUAGAGUGUGUAAGAUAUUUUUCCCUGCACGCCUUUUUCAUUUUUCUAAAAUAUUUUUUUUCUUAAUAGUAUAAAAUAGUUUUUUUUUUUAAAUCAAUCUUAAAGGAUUUUUUUUAUUAAGAAAGACAAAAUUAAUAAUCCAAUACUAAAAAAUACCACAGGCAUUACUUUAAAGAACUUAUCAAUAUAAAAAAUAUACCAAAGUCAGUAAAGUGAAAUUUGUUCUGCCUUAACACCAAGAUGUUUUCUAAAAGGAAUAUUAUACAUGCUUUAUGUGAUAUGAAUUGUGAUAUUUUAUUUUAUGCAUGUACUUUUACAACAAAUAACAGCUUAUGCAAAUACAUGUCCCUAAUUGAUGGUGUUUUUUUAUUCACAAUAUCAAAAGCCCCAAUUGAUUUCAAAACCAUAGAUACUCUAAUAAUUAAAAUGAUAUUGUAUAUCAACUAGAAGAGUUGGGAAUUUAUGGGAAGUUAAUUUACAGAUAAAUAUUGUACCAAUGUAGCAUUUAUCAUGUGUAAACCUUUUCAAUACUUUUAUAGUUUUUCACUGACAGUUUAACAGUAUUUAGUUUGUAGUUUUUCUGUGUAUUUAUUUUAUAUUAUAAAAUCUAUUUUUGCAAUAAAUGUGUGACAAACUGCUAA